AUGGACGCCUAUCCGCAAGACUACGUCAACCACAAUCUCCCUUUGGUCCUGCUCUCAGGGCUAGAGGCAGAUGCUGAAGAUGGUUCUGGAAAUGUGGUGGGCUAUCCCCUUCUAGCAGAAAAGGGUUCAAAGAUCUUCUCCGACUUCCCACCUCUGAGCGGGGCUGUUGCGGAGGAGUUGCGGAGAGUGCUGCUAGAGGAGGAUGGCUCCCAGAUGCCUUGGAGAACGGGGACCGCCUCAAAUGGGAAUGCACCAUCACCGCAUAUUGCAUAUCGAAUUCGAAGCUCUGGUCGAUCAUAUCAACUUCCUCCACGCAAAGCCAAUCCUCCCCAGACCUCUGCACCAACAAGCCCUAGAGCCGACUCAGACGGAACUCCCUCCGGUUCGACCACACCAUUCGUCCUUCACUCACCCAUCUCCCCAUUGUCCCCGGGUUCCCCCACCUUCCCAGAUGGCCUCCUCACGCCGCUGUGGGUGACCAAGCAUCAGGAGCUGGUCCCCGCAGCGGUGAUCAACUUCUUCCCAUUCUCGCUAGACCCGAACAUGAAUUCUUUACGCGACAAUCAGCUCAAGAUUGAGAUCAACGGCUUGAAAAAGGAAUGGGCGAACUCUGGCUUCAAGACGCGUUUUUUGGUUGUUCUGAUCUCGGAAGAUGGAGAUGGGGGUUACGAGGGGGAGAUUGAUGAUCGUGUGGCUGGUAUUCGACGGGCAACGAACCUGGAUCAGAAGUCGAUCUUCGUGAUCCCACCAGACGCGACUUCUUCAGAGCUCAAGGAUUUCGUCAAGUCCCUGUUCUCUCUGUUGCAACCAUCGGUUGUAGAGUACUACCGGGAUCUGUCGAAGCAUGCCCGCCGCAAGCGAAACCGCAGCACUAUUCCUCCCCCGACGGCACCACCGACGACUGGUACAUCCCAAACGUUGUCAUUGCAAGGCUGGAAUGUGCGCUAUGAAUUCAAACUGGGAAUUUUUGCCGAGUUUCGCCAAGAGAUGGAUGCCGCCUGUCGAAACUACGAGAGUGCAUAUGAGACUCUCUUUGGACAAGAGGUUUUUGAAAACAUUGCAGGUUGGGAUCCUCGGUUCAACGAUGCGCGCCUUCUGGGCGACGCCCUCGCUAUUCGGAUCAUACGCUGUUUGCUAUGGACAGGCCAGACAACCUCUGCGACCCGGUUCUGGGUUGACCAUAGAAUUCGUACAAAAGACAUCGUCAACAGGCGAGGCAAGGGUAGCAAGAACUAUGGAUGGGAGGCUUGGGAAGCACGGUGGUCUCUAGUGAUGGCUCAGCUCAUUCGCCGGGCGGAAGUCACUCCUUCAUCCCCUGAAGCAUCGGGUGACCAAGCAAUGAUGUCUUCGACCUUUCACCUUCCCGAAAAGUCCAUUCCUACGGGCGAACGCGUCAACCCAUGGGAGCACCUACAUCAUGAGGGAUACUGGCUCUAUCGGUCUGCCAAGCAUACUAUGGUCCGCCGAGCACUUGCUCUGCAAAUUCCCAAUGAAGACCGUAUGUCUCCUGGGCAAUCCCCUGCGUCUCAGAUUGCCAACAAGUCAUAUUUGUAUGACACAUACCUUGCGCCGGAGACACAUAUCGAAGUCCCGCAAUCAGGCGAAGGAGGCUUCAACCACUCCGAAUUGAUCCUGAGCUCAUUGAAGGCCGCCCUUGAUGAGUUUUCCAAGAGACAGCAGACGCGGCAAGUUGAAAGACUAAGUCUCGAGAUUGCCGAAGAGUACAUGCGUAUCGGCUCUUGGUCUGAAGCAUACGGCAUUCUUGAACCACUAUGGUCAACUCUCAGUUGGCGCAGAUCAGGCUGGUGGUUCCUGAUGGAAAGCUUUGGCUGGGUGCUGAGGGAAAGUGCCGUUCGUAUGGAGAUGAGUGAGACCGUGUUGCGAGUCGACUGGGAGCUGCUCAACAAGGUAUUCCCACCGAGACCUGCGUGGCACUACGAUAUCCACAAGAGCCUUGAAAAUCUUCCAGCCGAGAAGCCCAAACCGUCCGUGGUGCUCCGCGCAGAAGAUGUCAUGACGAGCUUGACUGCCUCGAUCGUGUUUGAAAAGUCAGAGGGCAACGUCGGCGAACCCCUACAAGCUCAGCUGAUCAUUUCGUCUUGCGCUCAAAAAGCCUCGGCGCCUAUUCGACUAUCGGAGGUGAAGCUUGUUUUCGAGGGCUGUCUGCGACCCGUGAAGCUGCAAUCUGACCAAAAUGAGGACGCUAAUAUCUCCUCCCCCUCCUGCAUCUCUUCAUUGUCUCUCCGCGAACAAAGCUCCGCCGGUGACAUUCAAUCCCCGACGGGUGGCUUAACUACGCUUGUUGGAGUGGCAGACCUCACGAUCGGACCAUCACAAACCAAAGUCUACAAUCUCACCUGCAUUCCUCGUGAAGCCGGAGAGGCUCAGGUUGCCUCAAUCACGAUGCUGGUUGACGAAGAAAAGUUUGACCUUGCAUAUGUGAUCACCGACCACGGCUUGCGAGAUGCUUACUGGUGGCAACAAACCAAGAAAGGGCCGUCACGGCGACGAGUAGGCAAGGACCGGGAUACCGGAAGAUGCAAGAUCAUGCCGAAGCCGCCCAAGAUUCGCAUUUCGACUCUAAACCUGAGGGAGACGUACUACGCCAAUGAGCGCGUGGUUUUGAAAAUCGGCAUUCAUAAUGAAGAGGAUGAGGGUGCCGACGUCUCGGCAGAGAUCAGACUCUUCGGUAGCCCUGAAUCCUCAGCCAAGCUGCAAUGGCUUGAUGGUAGCUCGAGCCCAUCAGAGUCGGGGACAAGUUCCCCAACGGAGGGCGCCUCGCAUUUCUUGAAACAGACCAUCGGAGUAAUGGAGCGUGCUUCCGAUAGAGAGCUUACUGUUGUGCUGGCCGACACCCAAGAUGCCGCAAAGUAUUCCUUGGAGAUAUCGGCCGUGUACCAUGUCGUUUCUGACAUACAAACCCCCAUAAUGAAGACCAUCACCGUGGAUCUCUCCUUCAUUCGACCGUUCGAGGCCAAUUACGACUUUAAGCCUUCCAUCCACCCCCUCCCCUGGCCAGAAUUCUUCUCCGUCAGUGACGAUCUCAUCAGCGACGAUCGUACCUCGGCACCCGGUGGCUUGUCGCAGAGAUGGUGUCUCAACUCGAAGGUGGUCUCCUUUGCCCUGGAACCUCUCAUCAUUGACCAAAUGUCUUUGAAACUACUCACCCUGACCGGCGGCGCGGUGUCGACGAUCAACCCGGAAGUCCUCGUCAGCCCUGAAACACCACACAUCGCUCCAGAAGAGCUGCGUGAAUCCAACUUCUUCCUCGACAUCCAGAAAAUCACGCUGGGUGACCGCCGCCCCGCAGCACUCAACGUUGCCCUGGACAUAACCUGGCACCGGCGCUCCGACGAGAGCACGAGUCCAUCCGACCCCGAAACCAACACUACCACAAGCGUCCUCGAGAUCCCCCGCUUUUUGGUACCUCUCGGUGAACCGCGCGUUCUUGCCUCAUCAUCUCCCUCCACCUCCUUCCCGGGCCUGCUCCACCUGGAGUACACCCUCGAGAACCCCUCAACUCACUUUUUAACCUUCAACCUGAUGAUGGAAGCCAGCGAGCACUUUGCCUUUAGUGGGCCCAAGACGACGGUUGUUCAAUUGGUUCCCCUGUCCCGGCAUACGGUGCGGUAUAACAUCUUGCCCGCAAAACGUGGGCUUUGGAUCCAGCCACAGCUCGUUGUUGUGGAUACGUACUUCAAUAAGACGCUGCGGGUACUUCCUACCGGUGAGAUGCGUGCUGAUAAGAAGGGGAUCCUGGUGUGGGUUGAUGCAGAUGAUUAG